AUGUUGGCUCCUCGCAACCGGAUUUUAGUUGCAAUUGCUGCCUUGUUGUCAUCCACAAUCCAAAUGGGCUCUUGUCAACAGGAUGGCGGUACACCAUCAUCAUCAUCACCAUCACCAUCUUCCUCAUCAGGUCUUUUGCCUCAAGCAUCUCCUACAUGGUUACCGGAUUUUCCAAAACCUGCGGACACAAUUUCAAGCUACCCAUCAGGUGAUGGACCUCAAAUUACAGAUACCUUGUCAAGGCAAACACUUAACCUAAGCGCAUAUCCUGAGCCUUGGGGAAAGCCAACAACGAACCAUCCAGAGAUUCAAAAAGUGAUCCAAUCCAUUGACUGGAGCAAAGUACCCAAUGCAACCAUCCACACAGCCAAAAGCAACGGUGAUUUGGAUAUGUCAGGAUACGAUUCUAAUGCCGACCCUUACUGCUGGUGGUCGGCUACCAAUUGUGUCAAGCCAAAGACAAACGACUUGCCAGAAGACAUCUAUUAUUGUCCCCGAGUUGGUGAUUGGGGGUUGACCUACGAUGAUGGUCCCUUUAAUCCCACGGAUGAUAACGCUACUUCAUCUUGGUCCGAACCCAAUCUCUACAACUUUUUGGCCAAGCACAACCAAACAGCCACACUAUUUUACAUUGGAUCUAACGUUGUAACAUACCCUGCAGCUGCUCAACGUGCAUUAAACAAUGGCCACGUUAUCUGCAUCCACACAUGGUCUCAUCCACAAAUGACGGCUCAAACAAACGAAUUGGUGGUUGCCGAGUUCUAUUGGUCGCUUCGUGCCGUCAAAGAGGCCACGAAUGUGACGCCUCGUUGCUGGCGUCCACCUUAUGGUGAUGUGGAUGAUCGUGUGCGUGCCAUUGCAUGGCAAAUGGGCAUGCGUACCGUUCUUUGGGAUGAAGACACCAAUGACUGGAACAUGCCUGGUGAUGGUGGCGGUAACCUCAGCCCUGAUACUGUUGAUGGAUAUUUUAACGGUUGGAUCGAAGCUCGUAAGAAUGGCAGCGAUAAUCAACAAGGUCAUAUCAUCUUGGAACAUGAGCUCAAUAACUCUACUGUAUCAAUGGCUGAAAAAUGGCUUCCUCAAUUGCAAGAGACGUUCAACGUGGUGACUGUACAAGAGUGCAUGAACAUCACCCAGCCCUACUGGGAAACGUCAUUUGUGUACCCAACGGAGGCUGAUCCACAUCCAUCAGCUAACAGCAGCAACAACAACAACUCAUCUUCAAGCCCUAGCUCAGGCUCGGGAUCAGAUUCUGGUUCUGCAGCAGAUCAACCAGGUAGCACAGCAGCAUCCACCAUUUCUUUGGCGUUCACUACAUGGAUGGCUUUAGCUGCACCCAUUUUGUUUUUCACUUACUACUUGUAA